AUGAAGACUAUCGAGAUAUAUAAAACUUCAGAAAGUUGUAAAACCUCAGAAAGUUAUAAAACCUCAGAAAGUAAUAAAACCACAGAAAGUUAUAAAUCCACAGAAAGUUAUAAAACCUCAGAAAGUAAUAAAACCACAGAAAGUUAUAAAUCCACAGAAAGGUAUAAAACCUAA